UCUCCCUGAAUGCAUGAAUGAACACAAGAUUUCACACCGACAGUGAUGACUGAAACUGAGAUAACUUGUCAGUGGAAUUCUUUUUACAAUUUAUUUGCACUAUAUCUACUAUACGGGAUAUUCUGCACCUUGACACUCGACAUCAUUAUUGCUUUAGAUCUUCUUUUGUGAAACUUCUAAUGAUGCAUGAGUCGUUAAGCCCCGGGCUUCCCCGCUUUCUGUUUCACUGAUCCGCUUCCGAGCUGCUCCGGCAACAGACAAAAGACAAGAUGAGAUCACUCAAGGAGCAUGUCUCCACAUAGACUGGAGAGGAACUGUAAUUGUUGUUAUGGUUAUGCUGACAGUGGUUGAUCGUGAUGGAUGUGAGAUGUCGGUUUCUCGUCACCGUCUGCUCUCUGCUGCUCCUCGCGCGCAGUGACGGCUCUCCGUUCACCGACUGUAUUCAGAGCAGAGGGAAAGCGGGCUUUUACGAGGGAUCCAUAGAGUCAACCGAGUCAGGCGUGAAAUGCAUGAACUGGAGCGAUGUGCCCGGUGUUAUAGAGCGGUAUCCGGGGAAAGGACUUGGGGAUCAUAGCUUCUGCCGAAACCCGGACGCGAGAAUUCGACCCUGGUGCUUCUUCACAAACAACCGGGGACGCAUUGACUGGGGCUACUGCGACUGCAAGCAAGGUUCUUUGCGACUGCAGGGAGGCAGAUCCAAGUUGGAAGGUACAGUAGAAGUGUAUCUGAAUGGUGUGUGGGGAACCAUCUGCAGUAACGGCUGGGAUGAGCGAGAUGCCACUGUGGUGUGUCGACAGCUGGGACAGAGCUAUAGAGCGCGUGCCCGUGUGAGUCCUCUGUCCCGUCUGGUGGUGUCUGUAGUUCACUGGCAGUCUGUGGGCUGUGAGGGACAGGAGGAGGACCUUCUGCAGUGCAGGCGCACCGUCUGGAACAGAGGAGAGUGUGUUAACCAUCAGGCGGCUGCUGUCUCCUGCACGCCAGUAGAGGCUUCAGUGUUCAUCCCAGUUCGUCUGUCUGGUGGGCCGUCAGUGUAUGAGGGCAGAGUAGAGGUGUAUCAUGCAGGACAGUGGGGCACUGUGUGUGAUGACCAGUGGGACGAUAAUGAUGCUGAGGUGGUCUGCAGGCAGCUGGGGUUUGGGGGCAUUGCUAAGGCUUGGGUGGGAGCAUAUUUCGGUGCAGGCUCAGGGCAAGUAUUUUUGGAUGAAGUGAGCUGCACAGGAAAUGAGCUUUCCAUAGAGCAGUGUCCAAAAACCGCCUGGGGGGAGCACAACUGUGACCACACAGAGGAUGCUGGAGUGUCCUGUCUCCCACUCACAGAUGGUGCGGUGCGUCUGGUUGGGGGUGUGAAGGGUUAUGAAGGGAGACUGGAGGUUCAUUACAGAGGUCAGUGGGGGACUGUUUGUGACACAGGCUGGACACAGACCAACACGCAGGUCGUCUGCAGGCAGCUGGGCUUCAGAUCAGGGGAGAGUGUGUCAGCAGGGCGGUUCGGGGUGGCGGGGGGUCCCAUUCUCCUGGGUGAUGUCAGGUGUAUAGGAAAAGAGCCCACAGUCACACAGUGCAGCCGGAGGGGCUGGAUCAAACCUGACUGCACUCACAACCAAGACGUAGCCAUUGUCUGCAACUCCCAACGCUCCAGGCAUGGAGUGCCCACCAGUGUACCUGUGAGACUGGUGGGCGGAGAGAAUGAGAGAGAGGGGCGUGUCGAGAUCCUGGUGGGUGGCCAGUGGGGAACGGUUUGUGAUGACGGAUGGACGGAUCGGGAUGCAGAGGUGGUGUGCAGACAGCUGGGUUACAGUGGGCUGGCUAAAGCUCGUGUAAUGGCAUAUUUUGGAGAAGGUGAAGGCCCUAUUCACACAGAAAACAUAAAGUGCACAGGAGAGGAGCUUUCGCUGAUUGACUGUAUCAAACAACCAUUUGGGACACACAACUGUCGCCAUAGUGAAGAUGCCGGUGUUAUUUGUAACUAUGGAUUACAGAAGGAUUCUCCCGAGGUCAAAGAGGCAGUGGGCUCCAUGUGUGGUCUAAGACCCUCUCAAACCCGUCAGAAGAGAAUAAUAGGUGGGGAGAACUCGCUACGUGGGGGCUGGCCGUGGCAGGCAGCUGUGCGCUUGCGAGGGUCUCAGGCCGAUGGACGAUUGGUUUGUGGAGCCACUUUGAUCAGCAGCUGCUGGAUGCUGACCUCUGCUCACUGCUUUAAGAGAUACGGUAACAGCUCUGGGCUGUAUAAGGUUCGUGUGGGUGAUUAUCACUCUUUGGUUCCUGAGGAGUAUGAGGAAGAGUAUGGCGUGGAGAAGAUCGUCCUUCACCCACGCUACCGCUCUGAAAGCAAUGACUACGACCUGGCACUGGUGCGUGUGUCUGGCCACCGAGCUCACCGGGGUGUCCCGGGCCACUGCGUCACGCUGAGCCGCUCCGUGCUGCCCGCCUGCCUGCCAAUGAAGAGGGAAAAAACGCCAAAGGGCAUUGCCAACUGCUUCAUCACAGGCUGGGGCGACACAGGUCGUGCAUAUUCAAGAACUCUCCAGCAAGCCUCGAUUUCCAUGUUGAGCAAGCGUCAGUGUGAGCAGCGCUAUUCAGACCAGUUCACCAGUCGCAUGCUGUGCGCCGGCUCCUCCCACAACAACCACCGCGUGGACAGCUGUCGUGGAGAUAGCGGCGGCCCGUUAGUGUGUGAGAGACCUGGCGGAAGUUGGGUUGUAUAUGGGGUCACAUCAUGGGGUCACGCGUGUCGACUACAAGACGCACCAGGCGUCUACACAAAAGUCUCAGCCUUCAUGCCCUGGAUCAGGAAGAUCAUUGGCAAGUAGGACUCUGAAAAAUCAACCUGUAACUGACAUUCUGUCUAUGAGGGCAGAAAAAAGAAGCACACUUUUAUAGUAAGAAGCCUUAGAGCUAAACAGAUUGGUUUUAGAUCGUUUUCUAGAUAAUAGUUAAAAACAUUUUCAUAACACCUUAGUCUUAAAUGGCAGAAAAUAAAAACUGGUUGUGCCCAUCAAAAUAGUGGCAAGUCAAUAGGUCUCAAAUUGGCAUUAUUCCACGUCUUUAUUCUUUUUCUUUCUUUGUCUUUUCUUAUGAAAGCACUUCUAGGUUGAAGAGACCACAACGGUGAUUAUUACUAUACUAUAAUUAUUACUAUAAUUUUUUUUUUUUUGCAAGUGUGAUAAUGAAAGCAUAUGUUUGUGACUAUAUUUUAUAACAUUUAGAGACAGACAGUGUCUGAACAUGUAAAAUGGGAAGAGUCUUUUUCCAGUUUGAAACAUAGCAGAUUGAGGAAUGUUCCAAUGGCUUGAAAUCACUUCAAACUUUAAUGCUGAAUUUAGAAGAUUCUUGAUUUCCUGCCAAGGAUCUAUGAUUCAGGCCACUGCCGACCACAUCACCUCAUCAACACAUUAAAUGACAUCGUAAUUCUCCACAGGAACCAUGACAUCAAUUGUUAAAGAUGAGAUGUUCGUGAUGAUAUCUGGACUGAGGCUCACGGUAUCUUAACAUCAGGACAAAAAAGCACAUCAUAUAUUUGCUUGAUAUUCUUGCAGUUUCACACUCACGUCCAGAAGCCAGAGAUUGUGGGAAAAGGGAAUUAUGUGCUGUGCUAAGCGGUUUAUACCUCCUUGUUUUAGUGUUGUGAUCUAUGUAUAUUACAUUUCUAUAAGAAUAAUUAAUGAGCAUAGUAAUUAUACAGACUGCAUCCCCCUUUUUAACACAAUUCGUCAUUGGUCUGUGUAUAUAAAACCCCUGAUCAACCACAAGCUGUUAUUUUGUAUUUUGCUGUAUAAGGUGUUGCAGUUUAGGCUUUUGUAAAUUCAUGUUUUUUUUUUCUAAUACAUCAUUCAGUCAUAUUGUAAUCUCUUGUUAAUAAACUGUACUAUGAAA